AUGUCCUGCUACGACCUGUGCCGGCCCUGCGGCCCCACCCCGCUGGCCAACAGCUGCAACGAGCCCUGCGUGCGGCAGUGCCAGGACUCGCGGGUCAUCAUCGAGCCCUCGCCCGUGGUGGUCACCCUGCCCGGGCCCAUCCUCAGCUCCUUCCCCCAGAACACCGCCGUGGGAUCCUCCACCUCCGCCGCCGUGGGCAGCAUCCUCAGCGAGUCCGGGGUGCCCAUCAACUCGGGGGGCUUUGGGCUCUCGGGGCUCUCUGGCCUUGGUGGCCGCUACUGCGGCCGCAGGUGCCUGCCCUGCUAGAGCCGGGCCGCACGUCCAGCGAGUGCCUCCCCCAGGAAGCCCCAGGCCAGGGGCCCGACUGAGGCUGGAGCUGCUGGCCAGCGUUUCCAGAGGCCUUGGGCCCCCUCCAGCCCUCCUGACAAGGAGGGAGGCAAACGUGGCCAGCUGAGCCUUCUGCCUGUCCUGC